CUUGCGCGACUUUGCCAACUCCGGGGCUCCCGUUUGUCGUGAGUCUGGUAUCACCCGAGUGCACAGUCUUCGUCUUCUUGAACGGAGCCUUUUGUAAAAACCCUUCACGCACGCCUGUUGUUUGCGAACAACAUGAUGGCGCGGUUAUCGCACGUGAUUCCGCUGUUGACCUGCGCCACAGCGCUCAGCAGCAGCCAUGCAACGCCAGCAACGAAGCGUGUCGCGAUCAUAGGCGCCGGCGCCGGCGGCUCAUCAGCAGCCUACCACCUCGCCCAAUACGCCGCCUCCUCCUCGACCCCAACCAACAUCACCGUCUUCGAGCGCUCGUCCUACAUCGGCGGCCGCACCACCACCGUCGACGCCUGGUCCGACCCCGCCGUCCCCAUCGAGCUCGGCGGCUCCAUCUUCGUCGACGUGAACCACAUCCUCGUCAACGCAACGCGCGACUUCAACCUCUCCAUCGCCUCCUCGGAAGACAGCCUUGCUACACGGCUUGAGUUACCCGAUCUUGGGAUAUGGGACGGCAAGCAGUUUGUGCUGGUUACAAGCGAGGAGGAUGGCUGGUGGGAUAAGGCGAGGUUGCUGUGGCGGUAUGGACUCGCGCCGUUGAAGACGAAUCGGCUGAUGAAGAGUGCGGUGGGCAGGUUCUUGGGCAUGUAUGAGGAGCCUGUAUUUCCGUGGAGCAGUUUGGGGGAGGCGUUGGAGGGUCAGGGGCUGUUGGAGAUCACGGGUGUGACGGGCGAGCAGUAUCUCACCGCGAAUGGUAUUGGGAACGCGUUUGCGAGCGAGGUUAUUCAGGCGAGUACGAGAGUCAACUACGCCUCGAACCUCGCCUAUAUCCAUGGUCUCGAGACUAUGGUGUGCAUGGCUACGAGCGGCGCAAUGCAGAUUGACGGCGGUAACUGGCGCAUCUUCGCAAGCAUGCUGAAGUCCUCGCCCGCAAUCACAACGCACCUCAACACUCAGGUCUCACAGAUCUCAAAACAAGACGAUGGUACAUACCACCUGUCCAUCAACGAGUCCACCUCCACCUUCGAUGACGUCAUCCUCGCAGCACCUCUCCAAUUCACAAACCUCACCAUCUCCCCCGCGCCACAGCACGCUCCCGACACAAUCCCAUACGUAAAGCUACACGUCACAUUGUUCGCCUCACCCUACAAGCUCUCCCCCUCAGCAUUCAACCUCUCCCCCGGCGAGAACGUCCCGCAAUACGUCCUCACCACGCUCCCUGCCUCCGAAGCACCCCUCGAUGGCAACCCCGGCACCCCAGGCUUCUACAGUAUAUCCAUGCACUACACCUCCCUGAACCGUCGUGCCUCACCCCCGCGCCAGGAGUUCAUCUACAAGAUCUUCUCCGUUGAGCCCAUCACAUCCACGUUCCUGUCGCACGUCCUCGGACAUUCUGUUUCGGAGCGUGAAGCAGAGGGUGAAGAUGUGGAUGGUGCUGUGAGCUGGGUGUAUAGGAAGGUGUGGCACUCGUAUCCGCGGGAGUACCCGAGGGUUACGUUUGAGGAGAUUAGGUUGGAUGGGAGUGAGGGUGAGGGUGAGGGCGGGUUGUGGUAUACGAGCGGCAUGGAGAGCUUUAUUAGUACAAUGGAGACGAGUGCUUUGAGUGGGAAGAAUGUCGCGAGGUUGAUUAAGGAUAAGUGGGAGCGUGAGAAGAGUGGGAGCGCGUUUGCGAGCGAGGAAGUUGGGCAGGAUGAAGUGGAGGGUGCUGUGCACCACUCCCCUCCGGACGCCCAGGCACAAGCUCCUGUGCAGUUCCCCGCUCUCUCUCUCCCAGAGCCGGAGUCGGAUGCACCGCAACUCGAGGUCGACGGUGAGGGUGUGACCCUGGAUCAUCUCGGACCAAUGGUCGUUAACAAGGAUGGGAGUUUGAGUAGGAUUGCGAAUUGGGAGACCAUGUCGGAAAAGGAGAGGAAGAACACGCUUAGAGUGCUGGGGAAGAGGAAUCAGCUAAGGCUGGGCGAGUUGAAGGGCGAGCAGUCUGAGCUGUGAGGCAGAUACUCAUGUAAACCGAUGUUCUUCUUGCACAUGUGUCUACCAUGCCUUACAAUUCCCAGACAUCGAAAUGGCAUUGAACCCGUUGUUGUCGGUGCGCGAGACGGGACCUUCAUUUUUGCCGGAAGCCCGGGUAUGUAUGAUGUACUGAUCGAUUCGAGGUGAAUGCCGGCCAAGCGACAAUACAGUGACUUCCCAUACACGCGCCUAAAUGAAGUCAAGCUUCCAAACCUUCCCUGGACACGUCAUCCCAUCACGUACUCUAUCGUAAUCUUCUAUUGCCCAUGAGGACAAGUUCCAG